UGCUUAAUAAAGUGGCAUCCAAAUGUUAUUGUCAUGAUGUUGUGGAGUUAGCAGGUCAUAGGUGACGUGAGGCGUGGAGCUCUAUGAGCUGCAAACUUCUUCAAUGAGCAUAACGCGUGUCGUUAUGGAUAUAUCCACCUCAACAGCAUUACACAAGCAGGGAGUUUUCGAUAUGGAUAGUAACGCCAUUUACAGAUCGUUAUUGGUGAUAGGUCUUCUUGCAGUGAUUAUCGCAGUUUGGAUUGUCAUCAAAAUUCUAAGAGUUAGGAAUAACGAAAUGCGUAUUCGACGAUAUGACAUUCUCCCAGCGAAACAGCUUGUUCUGGAUCAUAUUGAUUCUGAGGACAGUGAUGACGAAUUAUUCGCUCCAGUACGAAGGGAUGAUUCCACCAGACAUCUUAUACCAGAGAACACACUGUAGUGGGCAUACUUUUAGGUAAUAAGUACUUUUAUGCAUAUUCUAUUACAGUUUGUGAUCGUCCUUUCUCGAUCAGAAAUUAUUAGGCUAUUCUCAUCUUUCUUACUUUCAUCGCUCAUUUGUCCAAUAAUAAGUGUAUAUUCAUAUCUUGGCUACCUUUCAUCCUUUAUUUUUCAGUAAUAAAUUCAUAUUCUUUACUGGUCCCAUUAUCUUUAUUUACUUUUUCUCUUCAGUGUUAUGUGAUAUUAAAUGUCAAAUGUGCAUUUGCAUUUCGGUUUUUUGUCACUUUAGUGGUAUUGCGACAAAGCCUAUAUCUCCUUUUUUUUGUAUUUGAUAUAAACAAAUUAUCCUUGUUCUUUUUUAAAUCUAAUGUUAGCAUCAUUAAAUUGGUGAAGAAAUCUACGGAAAGUUGUUUGCGGGCUUCAAUUAUUGUCGUGAUUUAUAAGCAGUUGAUUCUUGUUUCUCUAUAUAAUAAUAUGCU